AUGGAAAACCUGGGAGGAGCGGUCAAACAACAUAGGGUCGAACCCCCUAGAAACCAACUACGAGUCCCAAUAGAGGAAGAACCAAUAAUAGCAUUGGUAAAUAGGAAUCAGAAUGCUGAUAACAUCGUACAACAAAUGCGACACAAUGAUAUGGCAGCAGAUAAUAAUAUGGCAGCCAUGGUCGAAAGAAUCAUGGCUCGAAACAGAGUAAACUUUGGCCUGCGAAGGCCAAACUAUAUGUCACCUCUCUCAGAGUAUAUCCUCCAGUCGGACUUACCCCCUAGAUGGAAGGUCCCUAAAUUCACUAAGUUUUCUAGGGAUACUACUGAAUCCACUGUCGAACAUGUGGCUAGGUAUUUAAUAGAGGCCGGAGAAAUUUCGAACAACGAAAACCUUAGGAUAAAGUACUUUCCAAGUUCUCUCACAAUGAAUGCCUUCACGUGGUUUACAACCUUGCCACAGAAUUCGAUCCACACUUGGACUCAGUUGGAAAGAAUGUUCCAUGAGCAGUUUUACAUGGGGAAGACGAAGAUUGGUCUAAAAGAGUUGGCUAGUAUCAAGCGAAAGUUUACUGAAACAAUUGAUGACUAUCUGAAUAGAUCCCACUUAUUAAAGGCUAGAUGUUUUACGCAAGUUCCAGAACAUGAUUUGGUCGAAAUGGCUGCUGGAGGCCUUGAUUAUUCCAUUAGGAAGAAAUUGGACACCUAA